AGUUUAAAAAAAUAGAAUUUAAAUAAUGUUUUUGUUUUACGAAAUAGAGUGAUUAAAUAACAUUUAUUAUCUUUUAGUAACAAUAUUUAUCAUGAACAAUGAUGGAUUUUUGAUAUCGUCGGCUUGUCCUAUUGUCAUAAAAGUUUUAUGAUUUAUAAGGCCUACUUCACAUACAAUGAAUAUUUACUCUGUGCUGAUAUCUAAAAAUACAUUGCCUACUGUAAUCAAGCAGGUAAAACUUCAUUAUUCGGUUAGUUUAGGAGUGAGGAAGUGCCUAGUGAGGAACUUUAGGACGAUGGCCGAAAAAAUCAGCCAAAACAAAACUUAUGUGGCAGUGAAUGCCAAUGGGACUCAGGAAGGGAUUAAAAUUCUGAGGUUCUUUCGAAGACAUAAGUCCAAAGAUACUAAGACUGGCAUCAAAGAAGAUUUAGAGUCUGAGAUUAAAGUGAAGGCAGAACCUAGAAUUAGUAAAUCAGAUUUAAAGAGACUCUUUGCUUUAGCAAAACCUGAAAAAUGGAAAUUAGCAAGUGCAAUAGGUUUUUUAAUAGUUUCAAGUUCAGUGACGAUGGCCGUACCAUUUAGCUUAGGUAAAGUUCUUGAUAUCAUCUACACAAACACUAAUGAAUUUGAUGAAGCCAAAGCUCGUCUAAAUAAAGUCUGUGGGAUCCUACUAUGUAUAUUCGUAUUAGGAGGCAUAUGUAAUUUUGGAAGGGUAUAUUAUAUGUCCAUAGCAGGUUAUAGAAUGACGCAAGCUUUAAGGACCAAAGUAUUCAACUCCAUAGUAAAACAAGAGCAAGGAUGGUUUGAUAAACGCUCCACGGGGGAGCUUAUUAACAGAUUAUCAGCAGAUACUCAAGUCGUUGGUCAAGCCUUAUCUCAAAACAUAUCUGACGGUUUAAGGUCAACUAUUAUGGUACUUACUGGCACAGGCAUGAUGUUUUACAUGUCUUAUGAAUUAGCCCUAGUUGGACUUGCGAUAGUUCCUCCUGUUGCCGGAAUAGCUGUAAUAUAUGGACGAUACGUUCGAGGUAUUUCCAGAAGACUGCAAGAUUCCUUAGCCGAUGCUACAAAGGUGGCAGAAGAAAGGAUCUCAAAUAUGAGGACCGUUAAGGCGUUUGCCCAGGAGCCUAGAGAAAUGGAAAAUUACAAGCGUUCGAUCAAAAAUGUCUUAGAUUUAGGAUAUCUGGAGGCUAAAGCUCGUGCAAUUUUUUAUGGAAUGACAGGUUUCAGUGGUCAUGUGAUAAUAAUAUCGGUUCUGUAUUAUGGCGGUGUGAUGGUAUCUGCCGGACAAAUAACUGUAGGAAACCUAUCCUCUUUCCUCCUAUAUGCAGCUUAUAUCGGUGUUUCGGUCGGGGGAUUAUCGAGUUUUUACACAGAAUUAAAUAAAUCUAUUGGUGCCGCUCAGAGAAUAUGGGAAAUAAUGGAUAGGACUCCCGCAAUACCUGUUUCAGGUGGCAUUACUCCUAUUCAAGAUCCAAAUGGACACAUAGAGUAUAAAAAUGUCAAGUUUAGUUACCCAUCUAGAAAAGAUAUAGAAAUAUUUAAAAAUCUGGAAUUAAAUAUUUCAUCAGGAAAAAUGGUAGCUGUAGUAGGACCUAGUGGAUCAGGUAAAAGUACUUUAGCUGCUUUAUUGCUAAGACUUUACGAUCCUCAAGACGGUGGUGUGUAUUUAGACGGGCAAAAUAUCAAAGACUUAGAUCCAAGCUGGGUGAGAAAGCAUAUAGGAACAGUCAGCCAGGAACCAGUAUUAUUCUCAAGCUCAAUUCGAGAGAAUAUUUUGUAUAGUGCUGAAGAUCCAGAAAAAAUAACCGAAGAAGAACUGAUAAAAGUCGCCAAAGAAGCAAACGUAUACGAGUUUGUCCAACAGUUACCGGAAGGUUUUGAAACCGUGGUUGGAGAAAGGGGAGUCAUGCUAAGUGGUGGACAGAAGCAAAGAGUAGCCAUAGCUAGGGCUCUUAUAAAGAAUCCCAAAAUUUUGCUUUUGGAUGAAGCAACAAGUGCGCUGGAUGCUCAAUCCGAAAGACUAGUCCAAGAAGCGUUAGAACGCGUCAUGAAGGGUCGAACUGUCCUUAUCAUCGCCCAUAGAUUAUCGACGAUUCAAAAUGCCGACACGAUUGCCGUUCUCCAGGAUGGCGAAAUUAUUGAGCGCGGAAACUAUCACGAGUUACUACAGAAAGAGACUGGUGCUUUUAGGGAAUUGAUGAAACAUCAAGCUUUUCAAAGUUAAUGAUGUGAUGGAAUGUGUUUGUGGAAGAAAUUUUUUUUUAGAAAGUCAAAAAAUGAUACAUACGCCGUUCAAAUUUUUAAUUGUUAUGGCGAACGUAUGUAAUAUACUAAUUAUGUAAUUAAAAGAUGGUUUCAAGAUUUAUAGAUAAA